GUCCAUUGGACUUACCGUAGUGUCCUAGCUGUCGUGACGUCAAGGCCUGGCUUAUAUAGAAAAGGCUUCCUAACUUUCACGUUGUUGUGGACAGUUCUUCGUAACUAUCGCGCAAAAAUCUUCCCAGCUAUCAGGUAGCUGGACUAAAAACUUCCUGUUGAAGAGCCUGAACAAAGAGAACCAUGCUGCGCUGCAGGAGGUGUCGGAAGGGCGUCAUAGAUGGGGCAUGUUUGGCGACGGUUGAGGCCACGGAUGAAAGCUCAGCUGCUGUCUGCAGCAUUUGGCAUGUGAAUGUUGACACGUUGCCAGAAUGGAUACUGACCUCUGUUCAACAGGCACAGUGGACUGUAGGAAAACUGAACUGCCAGAACUGCAGAGCUCGUUUGGGCGGCUUCAACUUCAUCAACCGUAGUGAGUGUCCCUGUGGGCAGGACGCCACCAUCCACCUCAACAAAAGCCGCGUGGACCGUGACCACAAACACUACUUCCUCAUUGUGCAGCCGAGGAGGACGAGACCUGAGAGGAGACACGCUGGUUUGCUGACAGAUGGCUCUCAGAAUAAAGAGGAGAGGCCUGAAUUUAGCAGAACUGCACUGGACAGCUUACAGCUCAACUGUGCUGCCGUCAUGUCCCACAUUCACCCCGCAGAGGCCUCGACUUCACUGACUGACAGUGAAAACAGCCAGUCGUUUUCUUUCAGUCCUCUUUACUGCAUCUCUCAUAGGAGACGCCGCAGUUUGGAGGAUGAUUCCGCCAUCAGGUCUUCAUGUUUUUGCCCUGCAGGACGUUCGUACAGGUCUGCUGCUGAGAUGACGAGAGCAGGGUCAGAUGAGCUUACACGGACACCUGUCUCAUAUCCCAUAAGUCAGCAGUUUGACACAGGUGGUGCUUCAUUCAACGCUGUCGCCUGCCGUUCUUCUGUUUCUGGAGGGAGAGUGGCGCCUCUGGAUCAACAGCUGCUGCAAACUGUGGAGGAUGACGAGCCCUCUGCAGAGACCACAGCUGUCCAUGAGGAGGUUUCUGAUUCAGGCCUGCUCCUCAGAGGAAGAACCAUCUCUGACAGUGCAGCCGAGGAAGAAGAGGAGGCGGUGCCUCAAGCCUCUUUGGCCUCCCCAGUGUCAAACAGACUGAGCAAGAGGGAGAAGAACCGUCUGAAGAGUCUCCGGAGGAAACAGAGGAGGAGGGAGCGAUGGCUGCACAGUCAACUGGAGCAGGAGCAGGCUGGGAGUGUGAGUGGUUUACUGUGGGACAGUGAGGAGGAGGACAGAGAAGGCCUGACCUGCGCUGUGUGUCUCGACGUCUACUUCAGCCCUUACAGCUGUCAGCCCUGCAGUCAUGUUUUCUGUGAGCCGUGUCUCCGCACACUGGCCAGGAACCGACCGACAAACACACCCUGUCCUCUCUGCCGCACACUCAUCUCACACACCAACUUCCACAAAGAGCUCAACCAGACAGCGAAGACCUUCUUCCCAAAAGUCUAUUAUGCGCGCAAGCAACACUUCCAGAACGCUUCAUGUGUCAAAUGGCCUCUGCCCAGCUGUCGCAAACGCUUUAGUACCUUCUGGGGAUAUCAGAGACAAGCAGCGAACGCACAGAGACGCUGGCACUUUGCCCAUGCAGGCUUCACACUGGACGCUUUGGACCUCGCCGACAUGCGUGACUGGCUCUUUGACAUCGGACUGGUCAUCGUCUACAUCCACUCAGUCAACUGGAUCCUGGCUUUCUUGUUCCUCUGUUUCGUUUUGUACUACUUCUACUGUUGAGACACGGAGGAGGGUUCAAGAGUUUGCAGUGCAGGGUUAUGUCUUUUUUCUCUGUAAAGAGAGUAUGUAAUGUGCUUUUUCUGGUUUCACUGUUAUUUCAGUGUUAAAGUAUUUCAGAAAUUGGUGGAGGUGGUUAAGACAUAAGUAGUAGCGAGGAGCAGGAAUCUUAUGAAAACAACUAUGGGAAGAGAAUCUAAACAUUUGCAAGUUUAAAAUUUGCACGAAAGGUUGGAAAAGUUAACAGUUUGGGUCAAGUGACUACAAACUAGUUUUAAAAAUUGAAUGAUGAUUUGAAAAGCACUUCCUGUUUCCUCCCCACUUCCAGUCUUUAUGUUAAGCUAAGCUAAGAACAUCCUGACUCCAGCUCUGUACUUAAUGCACAGACAUGAGAUUAAUAUCAGUCUUCACAUCUCAGUCUCAAGGGGUCUAGAGAAGUCUAAAGAAACCAAAUAAGAGUAUACAAAAUGUUGUAACUAUUUCUUCAAUGUAGCACAGGGUAAUUUUAGGAGUCAAACAGGCACUUAAUUGAAAAAACAAGAGAGAAUCACUAAUUAACACACACACACUUUUGAAAUUAAUUUGAGUCAUUAACUCCAUUUAAUUUUGCUCCAGCAUCAUUGGGGAAAGUUUAUUCAUUGUUAUGUUAAGCAAAGCUAAGUGAAAUGAUGUUGAUGUAAGAUACAAAUUGAGAUGCACUGCUAAGAAAUGUUUGCUUCUUGACAGCAGCAGUUAGAUUGAUAUAAAUAAUCAAAUUGAUUGAGAGGUUGAUAGUAGCAGAAACAGAAGGAGCUGACAGAAAAUCAGAUUCACAAAUGGGUAAAAUACCCAUUUCAAUAUGGUGCCUUUGCUUAUUCUGUGCCUUCUGUCUACAGAAAUGUGAAACUGUAUUGAUACAACUUUAAGUUUUAGCUCUCUGACACUGAAGACACUGUAUCCAUAGGAAGCCAGAAGAAAAUGUAAACAUUGUUUACAAGUUUUCAGUGAACUAUAAUUGUCUUUUUUCUUGAAGGAAAAGGACUUGUAAAAGUCUGAUUAAAAACUCUCACCAUCCACAGUUUGUCUUACUAAAAAUAAACUAUUAUGGAAAUAUUGUUUCAUUUGA